CAGUGGGCGCUACUGUGUUUCUUUUAUCGAUUGCUUCUUAAACUGUCAGAAAUUUUGACAAUCCGACAGAAAGUACAGUGAAGUAAACAAAUAUGAGCGGAAUAACGAUAGAAAAAACGAAAUAUGAAUGUGCCCAGCUACCUAAGAGGUGGCAAAGAGACGACGUAUUGCGUAAAACAGGUCUAUCAGUGGGUAAAGUCGAUUUGUACUAUAGUAGAGGUGUGAGAAACGAUGCUUCCCUUGUGCCCCCAAUACGACAGACUGCUUCUAUAUUCAAACAACCGGUCACCGUGUACAAAACCCAGGAAAGUAAAGUUAAAACAGACUACAAAAAUGGUAAUCAAGAGAAGCCCAAACAGCUCAUGUGGGAGAAACGCUUGGAAGGGUUACGUGCCUGUGAUGUGGAUGGUUUCGAGUUCGAAGCUAUGGAACUGCCGAAGGCCUUAAAACCUGUAGGACCCAAUGUAACUGAGGAUACAAUUAUACAGAGCGUUGCUACAGCUCUACACGUGUCUGCACAACCUGUGACGGGACAGACCGGGUCGAAGAAUUCACUCGAGAAGAAUCCUGGUGUGUUUUUGGACCCAAAGCAGCCCCUGGUACACGCUGUUAAUAUUUCCGAGGAUGAUAUCAAGAGGCAGGAAGAUAGGGUUGCUGUGGCUAGGAGAAAGCUUCAGGAAGCUUUACGUUCUUAAGAAGCGUUUAAUAUUUAAGUGACAUAUCUAGUUAAGUUUUAAUUUAUGAUUUGUACGAUAAGUUUUUCAAUAUAAAUUUUAUAUAAAGUUGAUUAUUUUUACUUAUGU